GUUUGUCCAUGAGUCAACGCUAACUUCAACACCCUAGCCCAUCGUCAGUAGUGUUGUUGUGUUGGCGUCAAGUCAAACUCUUGUUAGCAUAAACAAUGGAAAUAGAAUGAAUGGCUAUGCUCCCAUUAAUUAGUUGCUCCAUCCACCUACCAAAUUACCCUGUCAGUCUCUCUCGUCCUUGAAAUUAAAUACAGCCCCGCCCCAAAUUCCUCUCCAAAAUUCAUAACCAGCACAGUUCAAUCACGGUUGGCUAGUCACACCAAUUCUUAUACGCGCCCAAUCCAACCCAACUCAACCCAAUUCAACCCAACCCAAUUCAAUUCAGAGAAAAUAAUUAACCGAACCAAGUACCAACCAUGAACCCCCCGCAGCCACCACCACCCACACCCAAAAAGGAGGUUCAACUCCACGGCCCACGCCCCUCCCCUCUCAAAGUCAACAAAGAAUCGGUCAAGAUCAAGAAGCCACCACCACACCCACGCCCAGACCCAAACCCAAACCCAAACCAACAUGCAGAUGUCGAACAGCGCCAGCCAGUGGUGAUCUACACGGUGUCUCCUAAAGUCAUCCACGCAACAGUGAGUGAGUUCAUGUCCUUAGUCCAACGCCUCACCGGCCCUUCCCCUUCGUCCUCCCCCGGCGACGGCGGACUCUCACCGGCUGCAAGACUCGCCUCCAUCCACAAAACAAGCCCCAAUUCUUCUUCAAUUUCAGAUCACAAUAGGCCCUUGAUGCCCACCAUCACUACUUCUUACCACGACGACUUCAUGGCAAGUAUUUUUAAUAAUCUUGAAGAUCAAGGAAGAGGAGAUGAAAUGGGUCAGUUUUCGGGCAUAUUGUCUCCUGCCCCGGCGACUUUGCCGCCCAUCAUCCCAAAUGGGUUUUUCUCUCAUCAGCAUGACGUCCUUAGCAGCCCAUUUCACAGUUGGCAGGGAAUUGGAAACAACAACAUCAAUUUCAUGCCUAGCCCUGGCCCUGCUUCAGCCCCUUUGAUUUCUCCAAGUCCUUCUUCGUGGGACCUCUUUAACAGUUUCUUAGAUUACUUUUAGACCCUUUGCUUUCUCGAUCACCUUCAGUUUUCAACAAGUGGCUGCAAUGCAAUUGGCUGGCCGGUGAGAUUUUUUCUAAUGUAUUGACUCUUGACUCACUUUCUUUUUGUUUCAUAGUAUUUAGCAUGCUUAUUAAUUUAUUUAUUACCCAGCUGAGACGAUUGGAUACGGGGCUCCCCUCUUUGUAAUUUUGUAAUUCAGAUGGUUUAUCUCUCCCUAGCAACGGAGCAGAAUUUUAUGUAUGGGGAGCCAAUAUAUUAGGAUUUAGGGUUGAUUCCUUUCUCAAUGUUAAGCUUAUCAAUGACAAUCAUGUGUGCAAUUUCAGCAGCUUGAGCAUUUUUCAAUUCA